AUGGUGCAAAUAAAAAAAGAAUUUAUAAUAAUAAUAACUUUUUUUAUAAUCGGUGUAACACUUUAUUUAUUAAUACCGCUCGAGUCAUUUCAAUUAAAUAAAACUCAACCAGAAAAUAAAGUCACUGAAUCUCCAACAAGGUAUUCACCAAAACAAACAGAAAACCCGGUAAAAGAAGAACAACCAACCACCACCCCUACUGCCACCUCUAAACGAAUUGAAAAAAAAACAAACGGUCCAGUAUACUAUUUAAAAGAGGUAGAAGGUUUAAAUAAUGAUGGUUUAAGAAGUGAAUUUGCAUAUUCGUUCUAUAUCACCAAAGACAAUUAUCUUUGUGCUGCCUUAAUAACUGCUAACAAUAUUAGAAAGUGGAGUACAAAUGAUAUAGUAGUUCAUUUAAUAGAGUACCAAUAUAAUGAAGUUAUUAUGAAGAAUUUUAUGGAUAUACCAAAUGUUUAUUUUAGAUUUGUCAAGAAUGUAUUACCAAAAAAUGGAAACAUGGGAAGCACUUGGGAGCAAACAUGGAACAAAUUUUAUGUAUUCAAAUUAAUCGAUUAUAAAAGAGUUGUUCAUUUAGAUGCAGAUACAUAUUUAUUAAAGAGCUUGGAUCAUCUUUUCGAAUUACCAGAUGCAACUUUAGCAUUACCAAGAGCUUAUUGGUUAGGUCAACCAUUCGCCACAUCUUUAUUAAUGGUAAUUAAACCAUCCUAUAAGUUAUAUGACGAUAUCAUCUCCUAUGGUAACAAGCAUAAUAGUGGUAAUAGUUGGGAUAUGGAUAUUAUUAACGAUAUGUUCAAAAAUAGUCCAGAUUUUAUUAUGUUACCAGGUAUUUAUGGUUUAUUACAUGGUGAAUUUUCAACCAGAGAAAGACAUUGGUUAGGAGAUGACUAUUUUGCAACAUGGGAAAAAGCACCACUUUUCCAUUGGUCAACCUGGAAGCCAUGGAAUGAACACGAAAAUAGCGCCAAUGUUAUUUCUUAUGGGGACUUGUAUAAAAAAACAUGGACCUUAUGGAAUGAUGGUUUGUUUGGAUCUGCUGAAUAUAAAUUCAAAUAA